CGUUAGACCCUUGUUCGUCUCGGAAAUUCGGAAUUCUCUCCGCGACAGUGUAGUCAAAAGAGAAAGCUUUCUGCAGAAUCGGCUGAACGGCCAAUAAGAAUCGAAUCAAACUGUAUAGCGAGCGAAGGAGAAGAGGGAUAGAGAGAGAGAGAGAGAGAGAGAGAGAGAGAGAGAGCCUGAAGGCUUAGAAAGUUUGAAGAAAUGGCAGAGAAUGUUGAAGGGUCGAUAAAUCCAUCACCUAUUCCGUCCGGGAGCCAGACCAUCUGGGCCGACGCUUCGCCUCUCCUUGAAGCCGCCUGCGAAGAUCUUCGAGAUGGAGAACUUAUACAUGGAGAGAAUUUUAAUCUUUUUGCUGCCAUGUCUGCCUUGGAGAUUAUGGAUCCAAAGAUGGAUUCAGGUAUUGUUUGUAGAUAUUAUUCUGUUGAUGAAGCUAUUGAGCAUGGUGCUGCCCCAAUUCCUUUAAGCUCGGAUAGAACUGUAGAUAUCCAAUGUACUAUUGACAUCAUGGACCAUCUUCUAGCAUGUGAGGCAACAUGGCACAAGGGUUAUUCGUUAGCACAAACUAUUUUUUCUUGUAUCUAUCUUUUGAGGCCUGAUAGAACAGCAUCGCAUGCAUUGUUGCAUUCUUAUUGCCGAGUUAUUCGUGCAACCUGCAAUGCAGUUAUUUCAGUUGUCUCUGAUGCGCGUACACAUGAAGAAGAAGAUCUUUUUACAAUGACAUAUGGUCUACCUUUGAAAGCAGAUGGAGAUGAAAAAUGCUUGUCAAUACUGCAUGCAGUUGAGGAAACAAUUUCUCGCCAAUUGCGUGCUUGUAAAGCCCAGUCAUUGAAAAAGAGAGUAGUAGAAGAUAUUGAGCCAUUACAGACAAAUCCUGAUCUUGAAGAAGGCUACUGUAAAGCUUUGUUGUGCCGCAUACGCUUUCGUAAGCACUUCCACCAUGUUCUUACAUCUAUGAGGCGACCUCAAGGAAGGGGUUUGGAACUAGCAAGAAAACAUAUAGCCUCCUGCAUGCUAGAGCUAGAUUCCAUUCAUAGAUCUGCAGAAUUCCUAAGGUUGAAUGUGUAUAAGACUUGCAAAGAGGCACUAGAGGAUAGAACAACAGGUUCUGGUUGUGAACCAAUUGGCUUUGAUGCUAGUCUGAACUGCAGAUUGUCUGCACCUACUCCGCCUCGUGCGAUUAAAAUUCUUAGCUGGAUAAAGGCUGUUGAAUAUUUCCAAAAACUUCUUCAUGAUCUUGACAUUAUAUGUUCAAAUUCCUUGGACCCGUCAUUUGAAGGUGUUUUACGCUUUGUGGUUGAGUUCCAAAAGUUUCAGCCUGAUUUGGUGGCAAGAGCUCAUCUCCAGGUUCUACUGGUUCAAGAUGGGAAACUCUAUGGACGGGACCCUGUCUUUGCUGUGAUUUCUAAAGCAGCUUCUUUGCCUGAGGUACCAAAGAGCUAUAAUCUUCCAAAGAUCGAAGUUCUUUUGCAGCUAGAGCAGUUAGUGGUCAGUUUACUUAAAAUUCUUUGUGCGAAUGCUGCAUGGCAGAGGCGUAAGCUUGGCAAAAUUUUACAGGAUUGGCGUUGCAUUUAUAUACAGUUGGAACUGGCUUUUGGAAAGGAACUUGGAGAGAGCUCAAGAACUCUAAGUGACGAGUUGUCACCAUCUUUCCUUCACUUUAAAAUUGGAUAUAACUUUUAUACGAAGAUAUGCAAACACAUUCUCCCAUGGGUGGAGGAGCAAACAUACUGGAUAGCUUCACAUUUUCUCACAUUAGGCUUUGAACUGGAGCUGUAUUCUCCCAGCGAAUAUUGCAUGGUAUACUGGUAUAUUUACAUUGUCCUGAUCAAGCUUGCUGAGAAAACACAUCUCAAGAUCUUGACAAGCAAUGAAACUGUUAAACGGAAGGGGAAAAAGAAGAAAGAUGCUCUGAAGGAUUUGUCAAGGGAUUAUCAAAUCCCUCCUACAGUCUUACUUCUUCAGUGCCAUAUAUUUCUUGCUGAAGGGCUCACAAUGAUGCUUGCUGCACUGAGGAAUGAACACAAUGUCUUCACAAGUCCAGGCCCAUUUAACACUGAGCAUGAGAGAUUUAUUCAGCACUUUGAGCUUCUACUGAAAGCUUCCAUUCCUGAGCACAUAUCAUACUUCUCAUUCAAGGAAUCUACCACCCGUGCUCGUUUAUCUACUCUAGUUAUGCGCAAUUGUUUUAAAGAUGCUCAGAGGAUUGCAAAGGAGCUCCAUAGUAGCUUCGCUCAUGACAUGGAGAGGAUGGCUGAGCUACGGCGGAUUGAGCAGGUAGCAGAGCACAAUGGUGUUGCCCUAAACCUAAUAUCACGGUUAGGAAAUUUAGAGCCAUCACUAAAGGUCUACUAUGAGUUCAACCACCAUCCAUACUUUGCUACUGCUGUUGUGAAGCGAUCUUGAAGUUCAGGUGCUCAGGAAUAGUCUUAUGACCUAGAGAAAAUGGCAUCAGUAUUCGGGAGGCAGUGGAACACUGGUGUUGCGCUACAUAUUCACAUGCCAAGUUCAAGAUUCUAGACCAUCAUAAGCCAUUUUUUUGACACAUUUUCUAGGCUUUCAAGGCACUUGAGUCUUGCUAUAUGCCAUCUGUAGGUUUUUUAAUUUUAUUUUUUUCUUAAUUCAUUUUGUGUAACCAUUCUUUAGUGAAUAUGUGGCCUGCUAUUGAGGAAAAUAACUUGUUAAUGUAUACUUUGUAUUAUAAUAAUCCAAGCUAUAUGGGAGUUUGCAAA